AUGCGAGCUCUCACAGAAAGCGGCAGGGACAACCUGGGUGCUUGCAUUGCCAUGAUCAUCUUGACGACACUCGCCACGAUUGCAAGGUUUGCUGUCAAGACGAGCCGCCAUCAGGCGCCCACCGGUGCCGACUGGUUGUGCCUAUUGUCCAUGCCUCUGUUCUACACUUACUGCGGGCUGAUCAUCCACUUCAUUGUCGACACGUCCCUGUAUGGCUCAUUUGACAUUGAACCGACGCGGGGCCUCGUGGAGCUGAGGAAUCUUCUCAAGACGACUUACGCGUCCGAGAUACUCUUCGGACUCAUCAUCACUAUUGCCAAGCUCAGCAUCCUUUGGCUCUACUACACCAUCUUCUCCGGCGCCAACAGCACCCUGAACAAGCUCGUCAUCAAGGGGGCCGCGGUCGCCUGCCUUGUCUGGUUUGUCGUGGCCACGUUUGUCGUCGUCUUCCAAUGCAAUCCCAUCCACGCGUACUGGGACAACUAUGUGAUGAAGCCUUGGUGCUUCAGCAGUCCGCGCCUCCUGCUCGGCUACGAAAUGACCAACUUGUUCUUCGACGUUGCCAUCCUGUGCAUUCCGGUGCCCAUUGUGUGGAAGCUGCGUCUGUCGUCGUUCAAGAAGAUGGGUGUCUUGGUCAUCUUCCUCCUGGGCGCUUUCGUUUGCGUGGCAAGCAUUGUACGAUUGAGCAUGAUUUGGCACCCUCCAGACGUCGAUAAGGGCGUCGACUUUUCCCCCACAAUGAUGUGGUCCACCAUACAGCUUGGGCUCGCCAUCAUCUGUGCUUGCCUACCAACACUCGGCCCUCUGCUACCCACCAUCAGCACGCCCUUUGAGUAUAUCGGAAGCUGGACCGCGUCGCUGUGGUCUCGGUCGAGCCCCAAUUCCAGCGGCCGGGGGUACAAGAUCUCCAAUCAGUACGAGAUGCCCGAUGCAGGCAACAAGCCGCCUUCCUCGUCCCAGCAUGAGAGGGAUAACAUGGGAUUCCAUGGUUCCUCCCGGAGCUGGGCGCACGGAAGUUCCGGCGACGGACAUGUGGACCACAAGGUCGAGAGGAUGCCUCCCAAGGGUAUCAUGGUGGAUCGGGAUGUACGCGUGGCUUGA